GGAAGAGGGAGAGGAGAAGGGGAGGUGAGGGGCGGGGUGGAGGAGGAGCUGCCUGCCGAUGUAAACAGUCACCGAGUUGAGUUGUGAGGUGCCGCUGCCAGGGUGCUCAGGCCCCCAGCGUACAUGGGCCUGCAGGAGGUGCCAGGCUGAAUGGACUCGACCAGCCACAAUGAAGGAAGCAGCAAGAAGAAGGGCUUGGCUAGGAGGGCUAAGAACCACACCUUAUCAAACAGCUUGAGUAACCUGCACGUGCUUGAGGGAAAGUCUGAUGAAAAGGAUGACAAAUUAACAUCUUCCAAUCCACUUGUAGUUCCUCUAGUCACUGUCACUCCCUCCUUCCCAACACUUUCCCCAGACACCAGCAGCUCUGCCUCUCAGAGAGCAUCAGACUCCCCUUCAGAUCAGCAGGCAUCACCUCUGCGCAACCUCAGCAGACAGGGCACGGCAGUAGUCACCCUCCUGCCCAACAAGAUGAAUGUAUCAGAGCUCAGUGGACAGCAGCAGCAGCAGCAACAACAGCAACAACACCAGCAGCAACAGCAGCAUGGGGACCGCAGGGCGAGGGGUGUUCAGGAGGAUGCACUCUCCUUGGACUCUGCCGGUCUUGGCCACGUGCCGUGUAGUGACCCAGACUUCAUUAGAAACACAAAGUCCGGUGUGAGAGGUACCCAGUCAUGUCCAAUGACAGCCAGCAGGAACUCCAUCUGCGGAGGUGAGCAUUUAGAUGGGCAAGUCACUGCCACCAUGACCUCCAAGACACUCAAGGCUGGGAAGGAUGCCCCAGUUGGUGGUGCACUCAAGAAGCUGUCACCUCUCUUGUCCCACCGUGCUCAGCUGGUGCCCCCACAGGUGAAGCGCUCCAGCUCCAUGACUCGCUUUACAGAAGCCCUCAACCAGGUGCACAAUGUGUGUCUCUUCCCAGCACAGCCCGCCUCCAUGGUGCAGAAGAGUGAAGCUCAGUCAGAGAAGAGCAGCUCCAAGUCUUCAGCUUCUGAGUCUGAGGUAAAUGGGAGUGUUCCCCUCACCCCCCUCACUGCCUCCACCUCUAGGACUGACCAGAUGCACACUCAGUCUCCCAAGCUUGUGAGAAGAACUGCCUUUAGGGAGACUGUCAAGAAACACAGAAAAGACUCCCACGAAUCCCCUGUCACUUGUGCAUCCCCAAACCCUAGUGGCUCCGUUGUCUUCACCCUUGAUCCUGCUGAGUUUGACCAUUCACCAAGUGUGUCUAGUCCAAGCUGUGUUUCCUCUGACCCACCAGAUUCCAACUGUUUGGAGAAUGGGUUUGGUGCUGCUCUCCCUACCACCCAUACUAAGCAACCUAGCACUAGUAGCAAGGCUUCAGGUGCCAGUAGUGAAAUGUCAGACAGUAGCUCCAGAAAUGUUAGAAGUAGAGAGAAGUCACAUGCAACGGAAGGGAAAAAAGCCAGAAAGAAGAUUGGCCAAAGAAGUGUAUAUAUCCUUGAGGCGGACUGCGGUUCCCCUACCUUAAAGCAUGCCAGUUCAGCGCCAUACAGCCUGAUGAAUGAUGAUGAUGGUGUGUUUGAGAUUGAGGCAUCGUAUCACCACCCAGCAUUGGAACAAAACCGUCUCAACCGCUCCCCCUCCUGGUACGCCUACAAGAUCCCCAGAAGUCCCGCUGACAGUGAGCACUCCGAGGAUCAUAGUGUUCCUGCAGCAUCACUUCAGGGGUGUCGCUCAGCCUCUUUAGAUGAACUCAACAACAUUGGUGUCUCUUAUGGCCUGCCUAUUAUUUCACCACUAGAUGCCAAGAAAAAGAACUACCUGUUUGGGGGACUAAACAGCCUUCUCGGAGCCUCUGAGCUGGACCGCUACUUUCCCAACCGCACCAUAAACCUUUUCAUUGCCACCUGGAACAUGAAUGGCAAGGAACCUCCAGGAAAUCUGGAAGCGUUCCUCCUCCCCGAUGAGAUGGAGCACAUGCCAGAUAUGUUUGUUUUGGGGACACAGGAGUCAGGGGGAAGCCGCUCAGAGUGGGAGGUACGCCUGCAGGCAACCAUCGGUCCCUCACAUGUUCUCUUUACUUCAGCAAUAUUUGGGGUCCUGCACCUCACCAUUUUUCUACGCAGGGACCUUGUUUGGUUCUGUUCAGUACCUGAGGAUGCCACUUACAGCCUUCGUCCUGGCAUUGCCUACAAGACCAAGGGUGGAAUGGCUAUAGGCUUCCAGUUUUUUGGAACAAGAAUGCUCUUCAUCAACUCUCAUCUCACGGCUCAUGAGGAGAAGCAGGCUCUAAGGAUCCAAAACUUCCGCAGCAUCUCUCGGUCUCUUGACAUCCCUCGCCUCCUGCCCACCAAGAUCAAGCACAAAGAUGUGACCCAUCGCUAUGACUGUGUCUUCUGGUUGGGUGACCUCAACUUCCGACUGGCUGUGAAUCGUGACCAUGUAUUUGAGCGUCUGAAGACUGACACCCCUGACACUUAUCAGCACCUCCUUCAGUGGGAUCAACUCUCACAGGCCAGGAAGAAGGGUGAAGCUUUUGCUGAGUUUGAGGAAGGCACCAUUCACUUUCCUCCAACAUUUAAGUAUGACCCAGGCACCGACCACUAUGACACGUCCUCAAAGCAGCGCGUCCCAUCCUACACCGACAGGAUCCUCUUCAAAAGUAAGCGAGGGGAUGUCAACUGCAUCAGUUACGCUUCAUGCCCCUUGUUUAGGACAUCAGAUCAUAAACCUGUGCUGGGGCACUUUACCUGCAAGAUCAGACCAGGGAGAGAUGACAUUCCCCUGGCUGCCGGUGUCUUCAAUCGUGAGGUUUACCUGGAGGCUCUGCGUCGACGGCGCAGGUUCCUGUACCAGCCGGCGCUGCGUAACUGUCCCGUACAGUAGGAAAGGUUCAUUGUAGGAUUCUCAAAGGAUUAUAUAUUUGGUGAAUUUUAUCUUCCAUGUGUUAUAAGAAAAUAAUAUAUUGAAAUUAUAUAUAAAAUUUAUUAUUGUAUAUAUUAUGCAAAUUAUAUAAAGAUAUUUUUAUGUAUUUAAAGUUUGUAAUAUUCAUAGCACUAUGUAUUGGCGCCAAAACAUCUGGUUGUAUGGUGCUGCCCAACAUUCACAUAGAAAUGCUAACACAAUGAGUGGUAAUGAUAUUCACACUCUCAUGACCUGAUGACUGGCAGCUUAUGUCACAAGAAAGUUAUGACAGGUAUGAGAUUAGAUUUUAGAAGUUUUUAACAAAAAAGAAUUGUGCUUUCUCAGCUACGUGUAAAAUUCUAAUGGUGCCAAAUUUGUUUGUCCAUAGAUGUUUUUAUUUUAUAAUAUGCAGCACUUUUUUUAAAGUUUGUUUUCAAAGUGGUGCAUUGGGCAUGUACUCUAGACUACAGGUCAUUGUAGUCUACAUAUUACUUAAAUAUCUCAAAAGUAGAGUUAGAAAUGCACAGAGCAAGUUAGGUGUUUGCACCAGCCAGUUGUGACAAGUCUGCAUAAUACUGUGCUAGAAAACUGUAUGUAUACUUUAUUCUGCAAGAUAGGCAGUAUUCUGCAUGUUGUUCAUCUUUAUUGUGUUGUGUUUUUGUGUUUUGAAUGUUUUUCAUGUCAGAUUUCAUACCAUUUGCUUUUUGCAGAAAUCUAAAAGAAAAAAGUAUUAUAAAUAUUGAAAUUAUGAGUACAAUGUUAUAAAGACUUCCUCCUAUACUGCUUUUGUAGUUGUGGGACAGUCAAGGCCAACCACUGUCCACUCAGCAUUUGGUGGUCACUGUGGCUCAACUGGUGGUGGUGUGUGCCUUGAGUGUUUUGCUUAGGGCUCAGCUCCUGGCUGCUACUUCUCAUGGUCACCUUUGCAUCAGUCUGUGUAUGUUUUGAAAUAGGAGGCAUUACACUUUCAUGAUCAGCUUUUCUUCUCAGGUUCUUUUAUGUGAAUCUAGAUUCUCAAAGAGGAUGUGGAUGUGGUUCAAAUGUCUCCUUUUGUAUAUAGCUAGAGGCACUGGCCCAUGUCACUCCUGUAAUCACAACAACAUUUACGGAUCUCAGUUUGAACAAUCUUUGGUUUUGAUUUUCAGGAUGUCAGUGUUCAGACUUGACAGUGGUCAGGUCAAAUCUUGGAGAUGUGGGUGAGCUCCAGAGCUACACAAGUAGCUGCAAUUAUCCCGCAUUGUGUGUUGUAAUCUUAGUGGCUUUCCUGCCCAUAAAAGCUGUUCAUUUUAGGCAUGUUGAAUAAGAUGCAUGUGCCUUAAAACAAAUACCAAAGGUAUGCAUAUAUGUAUGUGAAAAUGCAAACUUUAAAAAUAUUGAAAAAUUCAUAGAUAUUAUAUGAGGCUGUGCAAUGUUACAGGAUGAAGUAGUUUUACAUUAUAUACGAGUAAUAAAUUGACAUUUGUGAUCCACAGAAUUAAAAUUUAUAUAAUCAAAACCAUAUCUGUAGCAUGUUAUACACCAGUAAUUGAAUCCCAAGGGUUGAUAUUGGUUUAAUUACUUUUUUUUUUCUGUAGACAGAAAAUUCCUAGAUGUAUUUUAGAAAAAAUGUAGCCAUUCAAGAUGAUAAUUUGCAUCAUAUUGAACAAGUCCUCUUAUCAUGAUAUAUGUCACCUUCCUUCUCAAUGUUUUUUUUAUUAAAUCACAUCCCUGUUCUUGCACAAAAUGACAUGAAACAAGAGCAUUCUGGGAACAUUGAAUUUUGCCUUUAUGCUAAGUAUUCCCACAAUUCUGUUGUCCAAUAUUGAAUCUGCACAAAUAGUUUGUAGGGAAAUACACAACUCUGUCCUUCUGUGUACAGUGAGCUUGGUACAGUGUUGUCUGAGAGCUUUGGUUGUGACUUGCAGUCUUAAUGGUUUUCAGUGAGCCUGGCACCCAUCCUUAUAUGACCUGAAGAUAUUACUUAAGAUGUGCUUAAAAGGAAUUAAUUAUGUGAUUCCUAUUUAUGACUGUAUGCAUCUAAUAGUUAUGAUAUUUGAACCCAUUUUAUUGUUCAAGGUAGCUAUUUCUUUAUGUGCUCCAAUAGUCUUGUGAAUCAGUAGACAGGGAAAUGUGCUCAUUUGUCAGUGUCAAUACAAGCAAGUAAUGCAGCUUACCUCCAGGGUGGUGAUAGAUAUGAUUGAUUUUACUUUAUCAUCUUACAUGGGUAUUAUUUCUACUUACUACAAAUUAGCCCAUGAUUGCUGGAAUUAUCUGCUGCAAUAAGUAGAUAAAAUAAUUAUUUGUGUUAGAAAAUCAAAAGACAAUCAGUGUAAUAUGCUGUCCUUGAAUACUUGGGGAGUUUCUAUUAAUGAUUUACCUGCUUCUCUUCAUGAUUACCUCUUGAGUUUGUAAUGGAAUACAGUAUGCUGGAGAAAGCUUGAAAUGUGUUGUGACACUUGGAAAAGGCAGCACUCGGUACUCCAGUAUGAAAGGUAGAUUUGGUGUAGCUUUCUGGUGAGGAUUUGUGCUCUCUCUCUCUCUCUCUCUCUCUCUCUCUCUCUCUCUCUCUCUCUCUCUCUCUCUCUCUCUCUCUCUCUCUCUCUCUCUCUCUCUCUCUCUCUCUCUCUCUCUCUCUCUCUCUCUCUCUCUCUCUCUCUCUCUCUCUCUCUCUCCUCUCUCUCUCUCUCUCUCUCUCUCUCUCUCUCUCUCUCUCUCUCUCUCUCACACAAGUAAAGUAACAUCUAGUCAGUGAUGUAAUAGCUUGUUAGGUUGAAGUGUUUUUGUUGUAUAGCCACCUUAUUAUUUAUAAAUGAGCUGGUGAUCUCAAAAUCAAAGUGUUCCAGAUUAGGUGUUUAUUGUUAUUUAGAUGAAUUUCGAUCACUGAAUUUAUCUGUCAGCAAAAUUUAUGGUGGUCACUCUUUGCUUAAAAGUAAAGUCUGCAUAUUGA